UUUAGUUCAAGAAGGUCCUGGCUGGUGAUGACUCAUUCCCUUUGAAGGAGCCCAGAUUUAAAGAUAUUUCAUGUUGUUUUAAGAUGCAUCGUGCUUACCAGUCAAUUUUGCCAUGUGGCAAUAAAUAUCUGCAGCAAAAGUGGGACCAAGCUACAUAUGAAGAACACAAGAAAAAGAUCCAGACAGCCAAACCUGUGAUAGAUACCUCUCCUCCUCCAACAUACGGGCAUCUUCAUGUGAAGUUAAGAAAACUCAAGCUGGAUAAGGAACGUUUGUCUAUCAUUGAGAGAGACAACCAUCUGCUGCUCAGGAAGAUAUCUCUUAUUAUGAGAACUACAGGAAGAGUUGAUAACAGAAAUGAUUAUGUGGCCAAAAGUUUAAACAGAAAAAAGCGAGAACAAGAAUUACUAAGAGUAAGCCAAGAGAAUCGUACCAUUCUGGAAAGGAUUACAAAGUGUAAGCCUCAGUACAAGGUCCAGAAGUGGAAUGAAGACUGGCAAAAGACUGAAAGCUAUAUUAACAAUAUCACAAGAUAUCCUCUUGGACUGCCCAAGUUGCCAGAUCAAAAGGAGCAAAGAUUCAACAAAACAGAAAAAAAGAGACAGAAGGAGAACCAUAUGAAAGAUGAAUGUCUGAAAGACAAACCAGGAAAAAAGGAACUAAUUUACCAGAGCACCGAGUCAAACAAGGAUCAUCACAGAGAAAACUCAAUAGAAAAGUUGUGAUUUCGACUCUUACAAAGGCAAUACAGACUUGCAAGAAAGCAGUUAGCUUCAGGCUAAGUGUUUAUGUCAAGGUUAUGACAGGUUAAGUGGUUCAGCAGAAACAAACAUUUCACUAUUAAUUAUAAAGUCACCAGAAAAAUACCAAAAAAAAUAUGAAUGGUUUUUAAAGUUAUUCAUAGAGGAGAUCUCUUGGUAUCAACAGCACUGAGUAUCACCAGAACAUUGUUCUUUCAUGAUAUAUGUCAACUUCAUCAGUUUUCAUGCUCUGAAGCUAUCUACUUUUAGUUAUCCACACAGACUAAUCUUAGUGGUAUCUGUAGAUAGAGUCACAGUCCUUUUUCUAGAGAUUUAAUUAGUUGUAGGGUCCAAUAAUUAGCUAUUAAUCUGUUCCCUUGACAGUACAAUCCUAUGCUUAUCCAUUUGAAUAAGAUUCCCACUAUGUUGAAGCCUACUUCCUAAUAUGUAUUGGGAUUGUUCUUUUUCUUAUCCUGACAUGGACAUAGCAUUAGAUCCUGACUUAAUUAUAUUUAGAGUACAACCACUAAUUCUAAUUAUGACUAAAUCUGAGACUGAUUUUUAGUACUUAUCCUGGGAUCCAAGGAAUUCCUAGGGGUUUCAUAGAUGCGUUUUAUGAUGCCAUAAAUUGGAUGCAAAAAUGAUUGCUUUUUCUUUGUGUUCCUUUUUCUGUCAUUGUGAAUUUUGGGGUUAAAUUUUGAUAUAGUCUUUUCAAGAGUUAAUUGUAACCUUUUUAUUCCAGACUAGGGUCUAUGAAGGAAAUCAGUUUCCAACACAAUAAAAUAAAUU